AUCUCGCCAAUAGCCUGCGAGCCAGAUUUCAGCAGCAGGGAAUUCCAUCUGACCUUGAUGAGGCCAUUGAGCUUUUUCGGGCUGCGCUACCCUAUCGACCAUUCUCUUUGAUCCAUGUCUCUCGACAGUCUUGCCAGCAGCCUUCGAGACAGAUUCUGCUCUUUUAUCAUCUUCAAGUUCGCACGAUUUCAAUGUCGUCAGGGAGGCGACUUCUUCCCUUGCUAUGGAUGCUUUCUCAUGCAGUGUUCGUCUUGGCGCUUUUACCACUGCUGUGGAACUGGUGGAGCAAGGUCGUGCGGUAUUCUGGAGGCAAUUGGCACGCUUCCGCACACCACUCGAUGAACUGUCCCUGUCAGGUGACGCUGGCGCAGCCUUGGCGGACGAUUUUAAGCAGCUGAGCUUUCGCAUUCGUGAGGUGUUCGAUCAAUCGAAUGAAGACCACUCCCCGCAAAUCCGACAAUUAAUCAUGCAAUGGGAAGAUGUUGUCUCAUGCAUCCGCAUGAUGCCUGGCUUUGUCGAUGCAUUGAGCCAGACUCAAUGGCUUCACCUGGCCUGCCAUGUAAUAUCAAAUCGACGACUACCAUUUGAGUCCUGCUUUACAAUGCGUCAUGGGUCUUCAACGAUCAAGGACAUCAUCCGGUCUCACUGGCAGCAUCCGGAGUUUGCAUUCUUAUCGUCCAGCCGAACUGCUGUGGGCGAGUGGAUGAGUCCGGACGAGUCCAUCAAUCUCGCUGCAGCCAUGCAAUUCUCCGGAUUUCGCAGUGUGAUUGGUUCCUUGGGGAAUAUCGAAGUCGAGGCUGGGCAUCAGGUUGAGUCCGCUUUUUACGGAAAACCGGCUGAUGGUUCAGGGAGAUUGGACUGCACACAGGCUGCAGUAGCAUUGCACAAGGCUAUGAAGUCGUUGCGCAAGAAGAUUCCACUAGAACAGCUGAUCACAUUUGUUCACAUAGGUUUACUCCUGUAUCGUAUCGGUUCUAAGUCAAUCUACAUAUCAAAGACAUUAACAGUGGCUGAACGUAGUCACCAAGCCAGUACUUGCGAGGUUGUCGAAUUGAAGACCCCGCCGACACUGUGGUGGAUAAAGAAGGUAGGCAUCUCGUUACCCGUAAGCUGCAAGAAAAAAUCGUAUUUCUCUGCGGCACGGUCCUUUGAGAGCAGAGAGUUGAUGAAAUUUGCCAAGCUGGAGAGGACGGUGUUUGUGAUGCUGCUGCUGAGACACAUAACACCGAUCUCGAUGAUGCCCAUGCUAGCGGUACAAAUGACAAAAGCUACAGAACUCGAGCAACAAAAUCAUGGAACUGCAGACCAUCUUGCCAUCUUCGGGGUUAACAGUCCGCAUCUCGCAUUGGCACACAGGGCGGCCGCAGUUGAAGUGUUGAGGUCCACUAAUUCAUAG